UCUAUGGUUGGGCAUAACGUGUAAGCCAAAUGUCAAACCUUUGACUUCUCCUUGUUCAAGAGAUGAGCUUCUCCACCACUCCCAAAAAAAGAUCUGGAUUUGGCAAUCUUCCCAAGAUGUUUGGGAUUCAAACUGUGUUUUACAACAGCUCCAAAACAUUGAAUCCCACAAUUUAACUAAAGAUCUCAAGAGUUCUCAUUUUGGUAAAUCCUCCAAAACAGGGAAUGACAAGUAAUGGCGAGAAUAUUGCUGUUAUCAAGAAAACACCAAAACUUACUCUUCUUCCUCUUAUUGCUUUGAUAUUCUAUGAUGUUUCUGGGGGUCCUUUUGGAGUUGAGGAUUCAGUAAAGGCCGGUGGUGGACCUCUUUUGUCUUUGCUUGGUUUCUUGAUAUUUCCUUUCAUUUGGAGCAUCCCUGAAGCUUUGGUAACAGCAGAACUAGCCACAAGCUUCCCCGAAAAUGGAGGGUAUGUGCUUUGGAUAUCAACAGCAUUUGGGCCAUUCUGGGGGUUCCAAGAAGGGUUUUGGAAAUGGUUUAGUGGGGUUAUGGAUAAUGCCCUUUAUCCUGUUUUGUUCCUUGAUUAUCUUAAGCACUCGAUACCGAUCUUCAAUCGAUUAGUAGCUCGAAUUCCAGCUCUUUUGGGGCUUACAGUUUCAUUGACUUACUUGAACUACCGAGGUCUGCAUGUUGUCGGGUUUUCGGCUGUUGCUCUUGCCGUCUUCUCGCUUUUCCCCUUUGUUGUGAUGGGUGUUCUUUCGAUUCCUAGAAUUAGUCCUAAGCAUUGGCUUGUGGUGGACUUCAAGAAGGUGGACUGGAGAGGGUACUUCAAUACCAUGUUUUGGAAUCUGAACUAUUGGGAUAAGGCAAGUACUCUUGCAGGGGAGGUUGAAAAUCCGAGUAAAACGUUCCCCAUGGCGCUUUUUGGGGCUGUGGUCUUGGUGGUUUCUUCGUAUUUGGUCCCGCUUCUUGCUGGGACAGGAGCUCUUGGAGCCAAUUAUGGUGCAUGGAGUGAUGGGUACUUUGCGGAAGUUGGACUGUUAAUUGGUGGCUCUUGGCUCAAGUGGUGGAUUCAGGCGGCGGCUGCAAUGUCAAACAUGGGGUUGUUUGAAGCAGAAAUGAGUGGUGAUGCUUUUCAGCUUCUCGGGAUGAGUGAGAUGGGAAUGCUUCCUGCUAUCUUUGCUUCAAGUUUGGCGUAUUUAAAUCAAUUUCAUAGGUCGAAGCACGGGACGCCCACCAUUAGCAUUUUGCUUUCCGCUACCGGAGUCAUCUUCCUAUCUUGGAUGAGUUUUCAAGAGAUAUUGGAAUUUCUGAACUUCUUAUACUCCAUUGGAAUGCUACUCGAGUUUGCAGCUUUUAUAAAACUGAGAAUCAAGAAGCCAGACCUUCACAGACCUUACAAAGUGCCCUUCCAAACAUUUGGGGCAAUCAUGCUUUGUGUGCCUCCUGCAUUGUUGCUUGUUCUUGUCAUGUGUUUGGCUUCUUUGAGGACAUUCUUUGCGAGUGGUGCAGUAAUUAUUGUGGGGCUUUUAUUGUACCGCAUUUUAGUUCUUGUAAAGGAUAGGAACUUGAUGCAAUUUUGUUCCGAACAACCUGCUGUGGAAAGCCACUCAGUUGUGUCACAACAACUCCAAGAAGUUGCAGACGAGGCUGCGAUCGGCCUUCUCUCGGACUUGUCUGCUAAGACGGAAGAAGAAUCCUCAGAAAUCCGCUUUGAAGGCGUCCUGAAAGUCGAUUAAAGUGGUCCGUUUUAACUAUUGAAUUAUAACUAUAUUGAUGGCUAACUCUCCACAUAAUCAGGUUCACCGCUAUGGAGAACCACAUUACUAAUUCUUUGGCUUGUUCACCAUAUUUCUUUUUACAUAUGGAGUUUGCAAAGACUGGAGUAGAUAACCCAGAACUCUGCAUACAAAAACUAUGUUUAUUAUGUUGGCAGACGCAGAGCACAAAGUUUCAAACGUGAACCUUUGCGUGGUGUCAUUUAAAAAACUAACUUUUCCAAAAAUACUUUCUUCUUAAUGAGCAAACCAGACUGGAAAAGGAAAAAAAAUAGCAUAAAAAGGCCUAUAGAGCGGGAUGGAAAGGCCUUUUGACAUGACUUGGUUCUACUUUGCUUGCUACCACAAUUCUUUGUAUUACACGUCUUAA